AUGGUGGCAAACUGUGGCUCCCUCAGAUACAGGGAUCAGAGGAGUAGCACUGACACGCUGGAGGUGGAGGACUACCCAUGCACUCGUCUCAUCACACUGAACCGCCCGGCAAAGCUCAACGCUCUAUCAUUAGAGAUGGCUGAGCAUAUGCUGUGGUUGCACUUCAAGAGACCGCACCCACACCUCGCUCGGCGUGCCGUGUACGUCUUGAAGGGUGCGGGGGGUCGCAGCUUCUGCGCUGGUGGCGACGUCCGUGAUAUCGUCACUCACGGUACGCUGUUCUCAUUUCUAACUCUGACGUAUCGUCUGAAUUAUCACAUCCUCACCAUGCCGAAUCCGCAGGUGUCGCUGUGGAACGGAUACGUCAUGGGUGGGGGUGUCGGCGUCUCAAUUUACGGGCGUUACCGUGUGGCGUCAGAGCGGGCACUCUUUGCAAUGCCAGAGGCGGCGAUUGGCCUUUUUCCGGACAUUGGCGCGUCGUGGUUCCUGCCGCGUCUGCCGUUCCCCGGCCUCGGGCUGUACCUCGGCCUCACUGGGGCGCGUCUGAAGGGGGCGGACUUGGCGCAAGUGGGCCUUGCGACGCACUUCGUGCCCUCCGAACACUUUGAACGGCUUGAGGAGCGUCUGUGCAACAUCAAUGACCCUGCGGAGGUGGAGGCGUGCCUGGCGGAGUUUGCCGUAAAGAAACUGCCACCUUUCUCGCUUGAGACGCAUCGCAAGACCCUUGAGAACGUCUUCACGCUGAAGGAUACAACUACUGUGGAGGGAAUUCUCGAUGCACUCGCCGCGGACGGCAGUGAUUUUGCGAAGUGCGCGGGGGAGGCAUUGCGCAAGGCAUCUCCCACCUCUCUGAAACUCACUCUGGAGUUGAUGAGACGCGGGACGACGCUGCAAUCCCUGCGGGACGCCAUGGCAAUGGAAUAUGGUGUUGUUCAGCGAAUUGCACAAACUGGCGAGUUAACCGCUGGCGUAAAGGCUCUGCUCAUUGAUAAGACUAAUCAGCCGCAGUGGGAGCCGAGGACAUUGGCGGAGGUCACACCGUCGUAUNCUGGCGUAAAGGCUCUGCUCAUUGAUAAGACUAAUCAGCCGCAGUGGGAGCCGAGGACAUUGGCGGAGGUCACACCGUCGUAUGUGGAACAUUUUUUCAAUACUGAGGGCCUUGUGCCGUGGAGCCCUGAAUCCUCAGCUUGCGUUUCGUGCAGCGUCGAGAGUGAAUAA